AUGAAAACUACAUCGGUAUUACAACAAUCGGGUGAUAAUAAUGAUACGCAAAAAAUUAAGAAAUCAAUUUUUGUUCGAUCAUUUAUUGUUAAAUAUAUCUAUCGACCAGAAUAUAUCUGGUAUUCUAUUGGUGUGAUAGUUCGAAUUCUUUGGACGUUAGUUUAUUCACAACAAGGCUAUAUUCAUCCAGAUGAAUUUUUUCAAGGUCCAGAAAUCGUUUUUGACGAUAUAUUUCGAACUAAUUUAACACGAACUCAUGAAUUUAAUUCAACAGCACCACUUCGUUCAGUAGCUAUUCUUUAUUUACUCUAUGGUUUCCCUGUAUCGAUUCUUUCAUGGUUAUCAUCUAUUUUUCAUUGGCCUUCAAUACCAUUUCAUCUGAAACUAAUUUUUCCACGUUCCACUAUACUUUUAUUAUCAUUAUGUACAGAUAUUCUUUUUUAUCGUAUGAUUAAAUUAUUCUAUUCAAAUUUAAAUUCUAAACAAUAUGGAAUAAUAAUGAAUUAUUAUGGUAUAGCACAUGUGACACUUGUUUUUUUUACACGUACAUUAUCAAAUUCAUUUGAAGCUUUUCUUUUUCUUGCUCUUAUUUAUUUUGUUAAUAUUAAUAUUUCAUCAUUAUUAUCAAUUAUUAUGAAUUCAUCAAAUGAAAUUAGAUCUAUUAAUCAUUUAAAUCGAAACAUAGUACAAUCAAAACAUCAACCAAUGAAUAAUAAUUUUCAUAUAAUUUUAACUUCAUCAUUAAUUGGUUUAAUUUGUGCUUUAGGUAUUUUUAAUCGUCCAACAUUUCCAGCUUUUGCUAUUGUUCCGAUUAUUUAUUGGUUUACAAAUAUUGUUCCAUUACUUAAUCAUUCAUUUCGUGUUCAUUUAUUAUUAAGUCGUAUAAUAUCGUUUAUUAUUGGAACAUUUAUUAUAACAUCAUGUUUAAUUAUACUUUUUGAUUCAUAUUAUUAUAAUAAUGGAUUUUCAUUUAUUAUGGAUUUAAAAAAUCAUCUUGUUAUUUGUCCAAUAAAUUUCAUUUUAUAUAAUGUUGAUUCAAAUAAUUUAGAUCAACAUGGUUUACAUCCACCGUGGCUUCAUUUUACUGUUAAUGCAACAAUUUUAUAUGGUCCACUACAUUUAUGUAUUAUUUUAUGGAGUUUAUUUCAUUUAUUAAAUAUUAAACAACAUGGACAGUUAAUGAUUGAUCGAAUUUUAAAAAUUUUUCAUAAAAGAUCAAUAACAACUAGACAAUCAGGUAUCAUAAAAUAA